GGGAGCAGAACUGCAAAGCCUCAUGCAAGCCUCCAGAAGCAUUCCUUCCCAAAUCCUCCUCGCUGGGUAAUAGAGAAAAAUGCUGAUCCUGAACAAAUGCUGUUGUCUUAUCUGCGAAAGAGACUCCGUCUUACAGGAACUAAGUAUGGCUGUGGAGGAGGUGGCUGUGGUGCCUGCACAGUGAUGAUAUCAACUUAUGAGACAGUUUCGAAGAAGAUACGACAUUAUUCAGCAAAUGCAUGUUUGCUUCCCAUUUGCUGCCUGUAUGGUAUGGCAGUCACCACGGUGGAAGGUGUUGGAAGUACAAAAACCAGGGUUCAUCCAGUUCAGGAAAGGCUUGCCAAGUGCCAUGGCUCCCAGUGUGGUUUCUGCACACCUGGAAUGGUGAUGUCCAUAUACACUUUGCUAAGAAACCACCCAGAACCAACUUCAGAGCAGAUGAUUGCAGCUCUGGCUGGGAACUUGUGCCGCUGUACUGGAUAUAGGCCAAUCCUAGAUGCCUGUAAAACCUUCUGUAAGGAAUCCGUUUGUCGUCAAAGGAAAACAAAUGGGAAGUGUUGCUUGGAUCAGGAAGAUGAUUUGUUUGACAAGGAAGAGAAGGUUUCCACCAGACUAUUUUCAACAGAUGAAUUCCAGCCCUUAGAUCCCACCCAGGAGCUUAUAUUUCCUCCAGAACUAAUGAGAAUGGCUGAAAAUCAACCAAAAAGAACUCUGGUUUUUCAUGGGGAGCGAAUGACAUGGAUUUCUCCUGUAAGCUUAGAUGAAUUACUGGAUCUGAAAGCUGUCCACCCCAAAGCACCUCUUGUGGUUGGGAACACCAGUGUGGGACCGGAGAUAAAAUUUAGAGGUGUGUUCCAUCCAGUCGUUAUUGCUCCUGCAAGGAUCCCGGAUCUGAACGUGGUGAAAUGCACAGAUGACGGUUUAACUCUGGGAGCUGCCUGCAGCCUCUCUCUAGUGAAAGACGUCUUGACAAAUGCAAUCUCAGAGUUCCCUGAAGAGAAGACAAAGGUUUUCCGUGCUGUCUUGCAGCAAUUAAGAACUCUGGGUGGAGAACAGAUAAGAAACGUUGCUUCACUAGGUGGAAACAUCAUAAGUAGAAAAUCAACCUCAGACUUGAAUCCAAUUCUGGCAGCCAGCAACUGUAUGCUCAAUCUGGCUUUAAGAGGAAGAAAGCGACAGAUUCCUGUGAGUGAUAUUUUUGCAGAUGGAAUUGGUAACAAUACCAUUAUGCCAGAAGAGAUCUUAGUCUCUGUCCAUGUUCCCCAUUCUAGGAAGGGGGAGUAUGUCUCUGCAUUUCGACAAGCACCAAGACGGGAAAAUGCUCUCCCAAUAACCAAUGCUGGAAUGAGAGUCCUUUUUGAAGAAGGUACAGACAUAAUAAAGGAUUUAAGCAUUUUCUAUGGAGGUGCUGUCUCAACCACAGUCUGUGCAAAACAAACCUGUUGGACACUUAUUGGAAGACACUGGAAUGAACAAAUGUUGGAUGAAGCUUGCAGGCUAGUUCUUAAAGAAAUUGCUCUUCCAGGCUCAGCCAGUGGUGAAAAAGUAGACUAUAAGAAAACUUUGAUAGUCAGUUUCUUCUACAGAUUUUUCCUGGAAGUAUUGCAGUCAUUAAAGACAACGGAUCCUUGCCACUAUCCUGGCAUACCUAUGGAAUACAGGAGUGUCCUACAAGAUUUCAAAACCAAAAUGCCCCAGAGUAUCCAAAUAUACCAGGACAUAGAGCCGGGUCAGUCUCCCCAGGAUCCUGUAGGACGGCCCAUUAUGCACCACUCUGGAAUUAAGCAUGCCACCGGUGAAGCAGUUUACAUUGAUGACCUUCCUUCUGUGGAUGGGGAGCUCUUCCUGGCUGUUGUCACUAGUUCCAGAGCUCACGCUAAGAUUGUAUCUAUAGAUACCUCAGAGGCCCUAAAAGGACCAGGUGUAUUCGAUAUCAUAACAGCUCAUGAUGUACCAGCUACAAACGAGUUUUACUACUCCAGUGAUCCAGAGAUUAUAUUUGCAAGAAACAAGGUGAUUUGUGUGGGUCAGAUUGUCUGUGCUGUGGUCGCGGAUUCAGAUGUCCAUGCCAAACAAGCAGCUGCAAAAGUGAAGAUAGAGUAUGAAGUGCUGGAACCAGUGAUCUUAACAAUUGAGGAAGCUAUAAAGUACAACUCGUUCUUUGAGCCAAAAAGAACAUUAGAACAAGGAAAUGUUGAUCAAGCAUUUGAAACUGUUGAUAAUAUAAUUGAAGGGGAGAUUCACAUUGGGGGACAGGAGCACUUUUACAUGGAGACUCAGAGUGUGCUUGCUGUUCCAAAAGGCGAGGAUAAAGAAAUGGAUGUGUAUGUGUCAACACAGCAUCCAGCAACUAUUCAGGAGAUGGUAGCUGCAAGUUUAGGUGUUCCAGCCAACAGGAUCAUGUGCCAUGUUAAACGAGUUGGUGGAGCUUUUGGUGGGAAACUCCUGAAAGCUGGCUUACUGGCAUCAGUUGUUGCAGUGGCAGCAAACAAAACCAACAGAGCAGUCCGUCUUAUUCUGAGCCGAGGGGAUGAUAUGUUAAUCACUGGUGGCCGACAUCCUUUUAUUGGUAAAUAUAAAGUUGGCUUCAUGAAUGAUGGUAGGAUCAGAGCUGUGGAUGCCAAAUACUACAUUAAUGGAGGAUGCACCCCUGAUGAAUCUGUCCUGGUAGCAGAAGUAUCCUUAUUAAAAAUGGACAAUGCAUACAAGAUUCCCAACUUGAGAUGCUGGGCUUAUGCCUGCAAAACAAACUUGCCAUCAAACACAGCAUUCCGAGGAUUUGGCUUUCCCCAGUCAGCACUGGUGACAGAAACUUGGAUAACAGGAGUUGCAGAUAAAACUGGUUUAUCACCAGAAAAGAUUAGGGAAAUAAAUAUGUAUAAGGAGAAUGAGGAGACACACUUCAAACAAAAGCUUGAUCCACAAAACUUAAUACGAUGUUGGAAUGAAUGCAUAGAGAAAUCUGCAUACUACAGUAGGAAAACAGCUGUCAGUGAAUUUAACAAACAAAAUUCCUGGAAGAAGAAAGGGAUUGCCAUUGUACCAAUGAAGUUUCCAUUUGGACUAGGCACACGCUAUCUUUCUCAGGCUGCUGCUCUGGUUCAUAUUUAUACUGAUGGGUCUGUGCUUCUGACACAUGGUGGAAUUGAAAUGGGGCAGGGUAUUCAUACAAAAAUGAUCCAGGUUGCUAGUCGGGAACUGAACAUCCCCAUGUCAUGUAUUCACUUCUGUGAAACGAGCACAACAACUGUUCCUAAUGCAUGUGCCUCAGUAGGAUCUGCAGGGACAGAUGUCAAUGGCAUGGCUGUGAAGGAUGCUUGCCAAACUCUUCUCAAACGCCUGCAGCCUAUCAUCAACAAGAACCCAAAAGGGACCUGGAGUGAUUGGAUUAAAGAGGCUUUUGAACAGAGUGUGAGUCUUUCAGCUACUGGCUACUUUAGAGGUUACAAUGAAAACAUGGAUUGGGAGAAAGGGGAAGGACAGCCAUUUACAUAUUUUCUUUAUGGAGCUGCUUGUUCAGAGGUUGAAAUUAACUGUCUAACAGGAGAUCACAAGAACCUCAGAACAGACAUUGUUAUGGACAUUGGAUGCAGCAUAAAUCCAGCUGUGGAUAUAGGACAGAUUGAAGGUGCUUUCGUUCAAGGCAUUGGACUGUAUACAAUGGAGGAAUUAAAGUACUCUCCAGAAGGAGUCCUCUAUACUCGGGGUCCAGAUCAGUAUAAGAUCCCUGCUGUAUGUGAUAUUCCAGAACGAUUUAGUGUUUCCCUGCUGUCAUCUUCCGAAAAUCCUUAUGCCAUCUAUGCAUCCAAGGGGAUAGGUGAGGCAGGACUUUUCUUGGGAUGCUCUGUGUUCUUUGCUUUGAGAGAUGCAGUAACUAGUGUGAGAAAUGAAAGAGGACUGAAAAAGACCUUUGCACUGAACAGCCCUCUGACUGCUGAACAAAUACGGGCAGGCUGCGCAGAUGACUUCACUAAGAUGGUGACAAAUGAUGAUGAAUCUGCUUCCUCCACUCCUCAGGCCAUAUCUGUGUGAAUGACAAACCCGAGUGCACAAGACCGGAAUGGAAUGGAAUGGAAUGGAAUGGAAUGGAAUGGAAUUGAAAACUGAUUUACUGCCCCAAUACACACUAAUCAAACAGGGAUAAAUAUAUUUUAUCAUUUUCAGAAUACAAUCAGCUACCAAAAAUAUGCAUGUUACAUCUUCUAUUCUUAUCUUCAUUCUCCAUCCAGUAUAUUCAUUACAGUACUUCACUUAAAUUACUGCAUUUAAUUGCUAGAAAUACAUCUCCUGCAUUUGAAGCAUAUAUAUUCAACAAGAAAGAUCUGCUGAACAGCUCAGCUCAGAUGCUGCAGGGGAAGAAAGUUAGGAUGAAGUAUAAAGGUAUGUUAGAUAACUUACUGCCAAUUAUUACACUUUAAAACUUCAUAUGAUAAAUUAUUAGCUUCAGCUAAUUUUCUAAUUUAGGUUUGAGUCUUGCAGUGGAGUGUGAGUGCAGAGAUAUUUGUCUGUUGAAGAAUCAGAACCUUGUUUGUUGGAUUCAGUCCUUUUUUGAUCAGAAGUGAUGCUCUGAUUUGUAGUAAAGCUGCUUUAGAUUCUUUUGGCACAGACAUCUUUGUGUUAAAAACAUGCAAGAAACAAGAGUUAUGAUUUUCUUUUGCUAUGCCAGGGAAAUUGCUAUGUCUAACCUACAUAUAUAGGCAGUUAAUUUUAUCCCAAAAGUUGGAAGAGUCACUUAGUUGUAAUUUCCACUGGAAGCUUUCUUUUUCUCAUGGAGUAAGCCAAAAGCCUCUGAACUUAAUGGGAGAAUUCACAUGGAGUUUAGUGUGCUUUGAAUAGGAGGCUGGAUGAACCUGUCUCUGGAAAGGAUUCUUGAGCAGUGCUUAAUCCUGUGCUCAGGACUAUGUUGAGCCAUGAAAGUACAGUUAAGAACUUUCUCCCACUCUUAGCCACUCCUGUGAUAAAGAAGAUAGAAAAACCACAAUGAGAUCAAAAGUUGAUCUGCAAAGAUCAGUCAUCUGAUGCUGCCUAGGGUGCAGUGGGAUUAGGCCACACCCAAGUAGUAGCAGCUGGAGAAAACAGGAAAAUAUAAAGCAGCACUGUAUUAAAUAUUAACAGAAAUUCCAGUGUUAUUAAAUUUGAAGUAUGUAUAUAUUUGUAACCUGAAACCAAGAAAUGACACAGAAUAUACCAAAGUUAAUGUAUUAUGAAAGCUCUGGCCACAAUAUUCAGAUCUCUGCAUCAGAAUCCACAGUAUUGAACUGACUGAGAACUUCAGCCUUUCUUCCUCUUGAAGUGCAAAGCUGAGAUUUCAGCUCUGAAUGCACACACACAAAUACACAAAUCUCCAUGGUAUUUGAAUUUGGGGCUUUGAUCUGGGAUACAUCCUAAUAUGGAGAAAAAACUUUUUUAGUGAGUCUACAGAAGUUACCAAAAGUAUACUGCACCUGAAAAAUUGCAGCAGGUUCUUUGAUAAGGAAGUAGAUCUGGGAAAACAGGUAGUUUGUAUGUUCAGUGUGUGGUUUCAGUGAACCUCUGUAUCAGUGAUUCCUUGCUGAGAAUUGUGAUUGCUAUUGCAGUUACUCAUAGGUCAGAUUGCUCCAGAGCCGUGAAGACCGACAUUUGUAAUGAAAAGAAAUGUCUCUAAUUUGUUUGACAUGUCAGCCUGCAGGCCCUUAUUAUUUCACUGCUCCUCAGUUUUCCACAGACUAUUUUCUCUUCUUGCCUUCCAUCCCUUUUGUGAGUUGAUACUCUAUCUGUGACAGAAAUCAUGUUAGUAGGUUAAACUGGUCUUGCAUUGGCUAUUAAGGUAUGAAAUCUUUAUUGCUGCAAUUUGUCUCCCUGUAACCACUAUGAGUAGGUGAAAUUCAGUUGCUUAAACAUAGGUGUCUAGACCAUUUCAGAUGUCAUAAGACAGCAGAGACAUAGGAGAGCACAGGACUGGAAGAUACAACAUAGCACCUGGAGGCCAAACAGAUUAUUGCAGAUUAUCUGAAGUGGCACCAGAAGUGUGGUUUAGGCAGCUGAAGCCCCAUUGGUUUUUACUUCUUUUUCUUCACCUUCUUUAUAUUACUUUGGCUUUUAUAUAUUGUAAGAAAAUCAAUAAAUCAAAUUAAAUGUGACUGCUGCUGCCACAAUUAGUUUUUCCUGAUUUGAAACAACUUCUUAGUUUCACUUUAUGGGCUUGUUAACGACAGCUCACAACCCCACAUGUCUAUAACAGCCCCAAAACUAGGGUAAAUCCUGGCAUACACUGAAGCAGGGAGCAUACAAGUCUAUUGAACGGGGGGAAGGUGCAUUGUCUGUUACUCUCCUAUACCUAUGCAUUAGCACAGGUGUAGGUUAGUUCCAGACAAGUCAAAUCUUGUAAAAAUUGUGGCCCAACCCUUGCAGGCAAUGAUGUCUGAGGUGUCUGCAGUCCAGGGAUUCAUCAUGUUCUAGACCUGCACUUUGUUUUCUGCAGUGCUGCAGAUCACACACCUGCUUGUCAGUAUUUCUCAGUUAUUAUUAACAAAGAUUCCUCCCUGCCUCGUUACAAGUGGCACUGUUGUCUGGUUGUCUCAGUAAAAUCUAUACAUGUGCCAAACAUGGGUUGUUGGGUUUUUUGAGAGCUGAAACAUAUUAAGCUGUCUUUUGGCUUGUAGGCAUUUGAAAAACUGCAUGGAAGCUAGAAAUAUCAGCAAAUAAACAUCCUGAUAGAUGAUACUAUGGCUACAUGGAAUAUUAUGAAAGAAAUUUUCAUAGACUAUAAAGGUGUUAAAGAGGAGGCUUUUCUUACAUUUUUAAUAUUGUUUAAAAUGUGCAGAUCCAGGGGGAUAGAUAAGUAGAAAGGUUAGGGCUCCAAAGACACUGACAUGUUGGAUGGUUAUUGACACGUUAAUGUGCGCUGUACAGAAACACCCAAACUGGAGAUGGUUGAGAAGAAUGCUUUCUACUAAUUUUCUUCCUUAAAGAAGUGUUUCUGUAGCUAUCCACCCUCCGAACUCCCAUUCCAUGUGUGUGUAAGCUUAAACACCUAACAUAAAUACUAGCUGCUGGUUUGGAGGCCUAGUACUCUGAAAAUUAGAUAUUGGACUGUCAAAUUUUAGUAUUGGGUCUGGUUCUUUUUCUUCUUAGGCCUUUGAGCCUGCAUCGUUGUACCUACAACACAUGUGGAAUACUACAGCAGUGCUGCAGUUGGCAGGACCCAUUACAGCUUUUGCCUGCAGGACCUAGUGACUGACAUCACUUCAGUGCUUACAUUGUGGUGGCUCUCAGGCAUACAUUAGGAGCUAAAACACAAAAGCAGUGGCAUAUCUCUGCUGAGAAUAAUUUUCUUUCCUUCUAAUGGGGAGUGGUGGAAGAUCUGGGACUAGCUACUUUGUGCUGCAAGCCUAUGCUGACUCUAAAUGAAAUGCAGAGACCUUUGCUGUAAAAUGUAAAAAUGGUAAAUGAAACAAAAGACGUACAUACACAAAUGGAGACUUUGGAAAGACGUAUACAUAAGUCCCCUUUUAAAAAAAAAUAAAAGCCAGCUGUAAUAAAGCAUUUAAGGAUGAAUGACCUUGUUUCCUGGACGCACAGCCAAGGAAGUGGAUAAGAAUCUAGAAUCCCAAAUCAGGAUUUGGGAUUUCUCUCCCUUAGAACAUGGUAUAUACAGAGUAUGGUCAUCUUAUAAUGGCACCCUCAGCAGUCAAGGUAUAGAGCUGGCAUGACAUAGAGAUAACCAGAAGGAAAUUUUAAAUGUCUGUGUAGUAGUUAUCUUGAUUUUGCUAAAACUUGGUCGCUGCAGGAGAAAAAAAAUAUAGAUCGUUCAGGUCAGUGACAAGCUAAAAUGAGAAGCAUGGCUCCUUGGCUUAGCAUUUGACACCUCACAGAAGUGGGUAAUGUUGCAUGUCUUGGGUUCUAGCUUCAGGCAUUCCUACAUAUUCUAAAUUCAUCAGUUACUGGACAAUAUAAAAGAAACAGGCCUGGCAACUAUAGCUCAAACCCAGAAGUGCCCCCUCACAGUGAAGUGCCUUAUCACUUAGGUUACAGGGUUAGAAUUAGAAGGGCUCAAAUUCUUUCCAGAUUAUUUCAACUCACCAGGGAGGAGUUGGGGUGUGGAGUAGGAGUAGAAAGUUUGGUGCAUUAACAUCUGCACAUGCAUUAAUUGCUGAGAAACGGCCUACAUUACACUGGCUCCUCCCCAUCUACUUAAUUUGAUGCUUGUUCUGAAAACAAUUCUGCGAGACAAGGCAAACUUAUUUAACCUUUGGGAGCAUAUAGCAU